ACAGGGGACAAUGCAGGCGAGCGAACACCUGCUCUUUCCUACCCCGAGCCGAACCUCUUAUGGUUUAUGGAAAGGGCGAUAUAAAACUAAGAGGAAGGUUGUGUCGGACGGGCCAGUGAGUUUCCGGUGUUUGACUCUAGUGCGUAUCGAGCCUCGUUCGAACCAGUCGAAUUUCGCGAUUCGAAAUUGUGCCCGUAUUCCCGGUAGAAAAACGGAUAAACUUUUUAUGGGCGGCCGUAGAUCGUUUCCCAUUAUACGAACGGACGAAACGAAAGUGUAACAAUGAAUAAGAAAAGCUGGUUAUCGUUAUGGAUACUCUUCGUGGCCCUUACUUGGAUAGAAAUUCGCGGCGACGAAAGUAUCGAUGACGCGAUAAGAUCGUUGCGCGAACAGGUGAACGCUUUGUUGGAGCAUCGGCAGCAGGAUUACAACGCUCUCGAAGAAAGUUUGAAGCGCGCGAUGGAGAAGAAUACGGAGCUGUUCGUCCUCAAGAACGAGGUCAAGCAGCUGAGGAAAGAGAUUAUUUCGAUGCGCGGCGGCGGAAACGGAAACGAGGCGAAGAACGAGAGGCUGCGAGUUAGAUGGCUAGGAAGCGCGGUCACGGAACUUCAAGGAGAAGUUGCCCAAGUACUUCGUAGCAGAAACGCAAGCGAGGAACUCGCGGAGAGGUCUAGGCUGAAGGGCGAGAUGAGUCUGUUGAAAGGAGACGUUGCAGCUGUCGAUAGAGAAAUUCGAAAUGUCGGCGGCAGAAUAGCCAAGAUCGAGGCGAUCCUCGGAACGAUUCGCGUUGACAUCCUUGCGGUGAAGGAACGCUUCGGUUUGCUGUCUCGCACCUGCGCUGAUAUCACCAGUCAGUUGAGCUCGGUUCAGAUCGAGGUAAAAUCUCUCGGAUGCAAUUCGUCUUCAAGAAGCGGGAUGAAUUCGGUGAAUUCGGCACGAGCAGAAGAAACGAAGGCGGAAGAUGAACUUACGGGAAGGGACGGUGGGGGAGGAAGAGCCGGAGGAGGAACAACGAGAAGAACGGUAGCAGGAGCAGUCGAUCGUGAGAUCGUUGCAGCUGACGCAGAGCAUGAUUCGAUGCUGCGACACGGAUCGGCGAGAAGACGCGGAUACGCCGGCAGACGAAACGAGGCUCGGCGAACGCGGCUCGAAGAUCGACUGAGAAGCAUCGAACGGAAAAUCUCUUUGACCUCGCAGAGACUGGAAAAACGUAUCGCCGCAAACGAGAAUCAAGAGUGGUCGAAUUUAAACAAACGCAUGAAGAAUUUGGAGAAAGGACAAGCCGUGCUGAUCAGAGAGAUAUCGAAUAUUAGCGAAAACGCGAUUUUAACGUCGAGCAUCGGCGAAUCGAUCGACUCGCGGCUGAUCAAAUCAUUGAGAAGCCUCGAGGAGAUCGUACAGAGGAACGCGUCGGUGAUGAAACAGGAAUUGCUACGGUUUGAUGUGAACGUCGCGCGGAAGGCAGCUGAGCUCUCGUUGACCAGAGAAGAACUAGGCAAUUUGCGUCGCACGGUGCAAGCGCUCAGCGUGACUACGUCCAAGUUGCAAGAGAGAUGCGAUAGCCAGCAGGAGAUUUUCCAUCGGUCGAACGGGACCGGGUACCCGAUCGGAGCCAUGUCUCCUCAUUCAAAUCCGUUGCAGACCAGGUACUCGUCGUCGUCGUCGUCGCUGUCGAACCUGGAGCAACUCGAGGAUAGGUAUCACCUAAUUGGGAACGAUCUGAUCGGAGGCGACUAUUGCAGCGAGCAGCGAACGAGCGAAAUCGAACCGACGACGGUCGGGCUGAGGUUGUUCGAACCGGCGAAAGGCAGUAGACCGAUGUUGAUCUUCUGUCGCGAAGGUUGGAUCGUGAUCGCGCGUCGCAUCGACGGGAGUCUGGAUUUCGAUCGCAGCUGGGACGAAUACUCUCUCGGUUUCGGUUCCCCGGUGACAGAGUAUUGGAUCGGAAACGAGAUUCUCCACGAGCUUACACGCGACAAUUGCUCCAGCCUUCGAAUCGACAUGCUGGACAUUUACGGAGAACGUUGGCGCGCGGAAUAUCGCGUGUUCACGGUCGACUCGGAGGAGAACGGUUACAGAUUGCGCGUAGGCGAGUACACUGGGAACGCGACCGAUGCCUUUUCCUAUCAGAACGGAAUGGCUUUCAGCACGAGAGACCGGGACAUGGACGUCAGUCCGAGUAACUGCGCUCAAAAUUAUCACGGUGGAUGGUGGUUCAGUCGUUGUCAACACGCAAACUUGAACGGCAAAUAUUCUCUGGGUUUGACGUGGUACCGAUCCGACACAAACCGAUGGAUGUCGAUCGCCUCCUCGGAGAUGUCCAUUCGUAGAAAUUUCGACUGCCGAUCGCGGUAGCGAACCGAUCGAUAUAGCUCUCUCCCCCUUUCCCCCUUCGAUACCAAAGAUUUUUCAUACUCGUUAAUUUAUAUCCACGCGACGACGGUCAAACCAUCGAACUACCAUUCUUCGUUACCUCUGCGAUCGUUUAUUUUAUUUUGCAAAUCAGCAGCUGUUCACCUGCUGUGUUCUUUACUUUAAUAAAACCGAGUCUGCCGAAUCGAAA